AUGGACGCGCUCGCGGUGCUGACCGCCUCGUUGAAGGCGACAGGCAAGACCAGCUCGCCGGGCUACCACUACGACAUGAUGCACGAUCUCGAGCGAAACGAGGCGUACGCCGUCGCCAUCGCCGCCGAGGCGGAGGAGGACGACUUCAUACUCGACAUCGGCGCGGGCUCCGGGCUGCUCAGCCUACUCGCGAGUAGGAGCGCGGCGCAGCACGUAUUCGCGUGCGAGGCCGAUCCAGCGCUUGCCGAAACGGCGGCCGCGGUAGUCGCCGCCAACGGCCUCGAUGCGCGCGUGCACGUCCUCCGAAAGCCCUCGACCUCGCUGAGCGUCGGGCGGACCGGGCGGCUGCUCGCGCCGGGUGGCCGCGUCGUGCCGCACGCCGGCACGAUCAUGGGCGUGCUUCUGGCGUCGGCGACGGCCGAGGGCAUGUUCGGCCUGCAGCAGGAUGGGCCGCUCGGAGCGGGAGCGACAGCCGGCCGGCCGGCGGCGCAGGCGACCUGCUCGGUGGCGCCGAUCCACAUGCACCUCGACCCGCUGGUCGAACACGGGCUCGCGGUGCCACUCUCGGCGCCCUUCGCCGCGCUGCGCUGCGGCUUUGCGGAGCGGCCGCCCGAGCUGGCGGGCUCUACAACCGUGGCCGUGACCGCGACGGCCGACGGCGAGGUGAACUGCGUUGGCGUGUGGUUUGAGCUGCAGAUGGACCGCGCGGGCGCGGUACGGCUGGGCACGGCGCCGCGCUUUGCGGAUGCCGCCGAGCAGCCGCCUUCCACCCCUCGACCGCCCGCACGCGACCACUGGCGACAAGCCGUCUGCCUGCUUCCCACGCCGCGCCGCGUCACGCGCGGCGAGACGAUCACGCUCCUCGUCUGCCACGACGAUAUGACGCCGGCAUUUGCGGUGCAAGAGGAGGCGCGGCCGGUGGUGGGGCCGGCGAGCGCGCCGCCCGACGCAUCGCCGACUCCGGCGCGCGUGCCCUCCGGACUCGGCGGCGCCCACGACCACGCGGCGGUGCCCUGGCAGCGGCUGCUGCAACUCAACGACCCGGUGCACGCGCGCGUGCACGCGGCGUGGCUCUGCGAGCUGCCCCCGCACUGCGAGCUAGUCUUGGCAGUCGGCGACUCGCUCACCAUCCCGGCGGCGUGGGCGUCGGCCGCGCCCCCCUCGGUGAGCCUGGUGUGCUGCUGUAGCGACGGGGCGCACAGUCGCGCGCGCGCGUGGCUCGGCGCCGCCAGCGUGCCCGCCGCCCGCCUCGCCGCGCUCGGGUGGCUGGCCGGCACGGUGGGCUCCGCGGCCGGCGUGCAUGCGGCCGGCUUGCAGCACCCGGCCGAGCUCGCGGCCGCACUCGAUGACCCGUCGGCGGUCGUGGCGGUCGUGGCGGAGCCCUUCUACGACGUGCUGCUCGGCAGGGAAGGCGCCUCGCAGACCUGGGCGCUCGACCACAUCCUCCGCCUCCGGCAGCAGCUGAGCGCGCUGCGGGUACGCGGCGUGCUAUCGACGGCAAGGUGCGAGCUGGUCCCGGCCGGUGCCACCGAGUACAGUGUGCGCGCCGUGGCCGUGGAGUGCGACGAGCUCUGGCGGAGGCGCCAGCCAGUGGGGCAGGCGGUGGGCUUCGAGCUCGGAGCGUUCAACGAGCACGCGCCGCGCCCGGAGGCGGGCGGUCAGCUGGUGUCCUGCGUGAGCUCUCCGCCGCUGUCACCGUCGCGACACUCGAUGUGA